AUGAGUGCACACCAGGUAAUCACUGGGGCUCUAAAUCAGGGUGAGCAUGUCUUCUCUGUUUGCUCCGUCGAUGGGAUCAGCUUUACGGUAUGCGCCGUCGGGGCAAAUAUCGUCAUUUUGGGAGCAAAUUUCGAGCGAGUACAAGUCAUUCCUGGGAUUGGAAAAGAUGAUUGCCAUAUUGUAAGCAGUGUCAGCACAUGUCAAGACACUGGAAAGAUUGCCGCUACUUAUGGAAAUGUUAUCCGCAUCUUUGAGCCCUCCCAUCACAAAACGGAAAAACCGAGAAAUCUGCUCGACUACAAAUGGUUUGAAACACAUUCCCUCCGAGUCAAGGGUCCUGUAUCGUCUGUAAUCUGGAACUAUGAAGGACAACGCCUUCUCGUGGCCAUCCGGAACGAGCUUCUCUUGUACCAACAGCGCUGCAAUUUGCAAAAUCAUGCCUCUGAAGCCCCAGUCACCUUUACAAUUCAGGAAGAUCAACACGUUGCAGCGGACGACUGGCAAAAGCUAUGGUCUAGGGCCCUAAAAGCUCCGCCAAAAUUUAUCAGAUAUUCCCCGGAUGGCUUUUUCUUUGCAACAUGUGGAGAUGAAGAAUCGAUCGUGAAGAUUUGGUACGAAAUACUUGAUGAGGCCACAAAUACCGUAUCGUUUUCGUUUUACCCGCUCUACCAUCCGAACCCUAUUACUGGGUUUGAGUGGAGACGUGUUGGAAGAUAUAUGCCGAGAAAAUGCGUUUCGAAUGUGUUGAUUACUUGGUGUUCCGAUAAUACAUCAAGGAUAUGGAAGGAAACUCCCUCGACCGAAAGUUUGAUGUUCGAACUAAACAACGAAACGGAGAAUGUUGCCCCGCAUGCAAAUGAGAAGAAGGGCCAUGGAAAAUUCAAGCACAACGUGAAGAGGGCUCGCAACAAGAUUCUAAGGAAAUUCCAUCAUAUCCGAGAAAAGAAUGACGCAGCGACAAAAGCUGAGAGCCAGAUUUCGAGGAUUUCGUCGGUUUCCGACUUUAGUCAGCAGGCACAAACUUCACAACCCGGACACAUUCAGUUCCAUCUAUGCGCUUCGAUUAAUGCCGAGACCGAUUGCCUACUCGUCCCUACAAUGGAAGGCGUUAACACCCUCCGCAAAACCUUUGCAGUUCACUGGAUGAACAAUAAGGAAAUUGUGUACAGUCAAGGAGCGGAAAAAUUCUUUGCCGAGAUGUUGUUCGCCGAUUUCCGGGAUAUGAAAAGCACUUCCCCGGUGCCUCCAUCGCAAGAGCUCUCUGAGGUGACCAAUACACCAGACCUUCUUUCCCCAGAGUUUGGCCAGAAUUUCUCCUCAAAACCACCCAGCGUUCAUCAUGAAGAAAGCGAUUCCAUGACUGGCUCCCAAACCAAAGAUCGUCUGGACGCGAAUUUGGAGCGGAUGCUACGACAAUGGGCCAAGAGUAACGACAUUUUAUUUGCCGUUCAUCCGGUUGAUGGGAGUUUGCUGACAUGGACCAUCGAAUGGUUGGACGAUCCACGACGUCAACCAUCCGUCUCUUUUUCAUCGCGUUUCCCGGGUACGUUCCCAAUUACGGAUGCAGCAUCAUUACGAACAACGCUGCACACAUUCAACCCGUACACUCCAGUGUAUUUUGAUGUGCUCCACAAAUGCCAUAAUGACGCUGAAGCCAAUGCCCACCUUCUUGAACGCUAUCAAAGCCAUUCCAUCUACAUGCUGACUAACCAUUCAAAUGGCACCCUGAAUUUGUGGCAGCUAACAAUGGAUGAAAAUUCGCAAUACACCACCGUGCUGAACAUUAUGCAUAUCAGCCGGAUGUGCGGUCAUAGGUUCCAAAUUAACGAGAUUCUUCCCCAUCCCGUUCUUCCACUCGUCAUCACAACAUCACAUUUUACUGCAACUGAGCACAUUGGAGAAAACGAGCGGAAAGAUAGUUUGUCGGAGGCGAUCCUAUGGAAAAUCUCGUCUGUUGGUCCGCUUUGUCGAAGCGGUGGUGUAUCGGAAUUGGCAAAAGUUGCCGCCCAUUCAGCCUUUUCUUUCCAACACAUUGCCUGGGUACCGGCAAUCCUCCCAAGUAGCACUCUGGGCACGGUGUGUAACUCACCAUCUUCCUGCUUUAUCGCCACAAAUGGAACCGAUCUGGUGCUCUAUCAAGCCGUGGUCGAUGCUCGUUCACUACUUGCUGAAAUCUACAACGCCAAGAAAACGAAGGAAGACGACGAUGAAAAGGCAAAGAGCACCUCGAUGUUGCUCCCCAAUGGGACGGCGCCCGACACAAAUAUGUCCGAUGCGUUCAAGAUCGUUUCCACGCAAUCAGCUGCAAAACCGGGAUGUGUGAUUGAGAUUGGGAAGCUGCAAAAAGCCCUGCCUACCGGAAAAAUCUUGUUCUUCCACGUCUACAACGAAAGAUUGGUGAUUGAAGAUAAUGACCGAGAUGUUGAUGAGCCUUUGGCCAAUAUCAGCUUGAUCAAUGACCGCACUCGUGCACCAUCAUUCAGCGAUCGAUACUUUAUUGUGGUUGUUGUGAAGGAGGCUUCUGUCGAUAGACUCUUGAUGUUUGCGCUAAAUCUUGCUUCCCAGCAGGCAACGCCAAUUCCAAUCCUGGAUUCUGAAAACCUGCCGGAUAACAAGGGAUUCCUACGUCCAGCCAGCCCAGUACCGCCAUCUGUCGCCUCACUCCAUACCGAAUUUACAAAAAUCUGCGAUCAACCAAUUGUGCUGGCGAAUGAAACAAGGAUUAUCGCAGCAGUGCCUGCCGCAGGCCAUCUCUCCUCAUCCUCCUUGUAUCCAGCUUGCAAGGCUCCAUAUGUGUUGAUGACGGCCUGCGACGACGAUAUGAUCCGCUUCUGGAAGUGCACCCAACCAGAUCCGACCAAGGGAAUCCACGAAUUUCGUUGGAAAGAAUGGAGAAUGAUUUCUGAUUCCAGCCCAUCAUUACUCGAAAUUGAUGGCCCGGUCUACGCCCUUGCGGCUGCACACUCCGGAAGGCUAGCUUGCGCCUAUGAUUCAAGAACAUCCUCCUAUGGAGCUCACGAUCGCCCGACAAAAAUUGACAUCGGGAUUUUCGAAUGCGAGUCGUCUGGUGGUGUGGAAUGGAUGCGGGAGGACUUGAUAACUAUUGAUCAUAUUGAUUUCCCCCAAGUUCGGCCACCAAAUGUCGACGACUACUCCUCGACAGCGCGAGGUAUGCGUGAACAAGCAGCCCAGGGAUGGGCCGCCAUGCAUCCCGCACUCAUUGCUAGUGGAUCAUUGUCGUCUCGUGCAUCAUUGACGCGGCCUCGUUCCGGACUCUUCGAAAUGCUCCAUGCUUCUGCCUCGCGCACCGGCCUCAACCAGCAUCAUCUCCACCACGGCCCACAUGAAGAGCAUCUGCUUGAUGGGCUUCUAGCCCAGUCCACGGCCUCCCAUGUGCAUGUGCCGCAAUAUGACACAAUCAAGCGUGUGCUAAGUACCUCUACGUUGAAGGCACAAGAAACCUUUGAUAAUCUGCCGAUCUCGGAUAUGAUCCGGAUUGACUGGGUAUCAACCGAGGAUGGCGGGCAUAUUUUGACUGUAGCUGUCGCGUCGAAGAUCUAUUUGUACACCCAGGUGUCGCAGGACCAAGCUCAAAAGAACGUUGUGGCGAUGAGGGACACAGAAGUGAGCAUCCGGCGGCCAAGUCUGAGAAAAUCGAGCAGCUUGGCUGCUCCAGAACACAUGCAAAACAAAUUGACUCGUUGGGUAUGCACGAGGAUCUUCGACCUAAACUCUGCUGAUGGUCUACCGCCACUCCCCACCUCACUCCAAUGGGCCAGAGACGGGAUUCUUAUUGUGGGGAUGCAGACCGAGAUGAGGUGCUACAACCAAUGGAACCUAAAGCCGAAACAGGCUCCGAAAGCUGUGGCUCCUCUGCCGGUCAAUGCCAAACGAAAGGGAACUGGCACCAGUACCCUAGGCAUCAGCCCAUCGCAUUCGAUGCUGGACCAACUUGGGAAGAAGACCAAAGACCAUGACCGUAUGAGGACGAAGCUGUUGAUCGAAGCCGCGAAACAUUCUCACACGGCCGCUCCAAUCCCGGACCUUGAACCUUCGGAAGAACAAAAUCUAGUGGAAGCCUUUUCCGGAUUUGGUCUCUUCGAAUUCGCUCGAAAUGCAUCGCCAAUCCUCCCGCAGUACCACCCAAAGCAGCUUCUUGUAUUGCUGAAUGCGGGCAGAACUCGACGAGUGAAAGCGAUCCUGCUGCAUGUGCUGAACAACGCCAAACCAACGAACCAUUGGCAAGAGCUGCAUCAAUCCGGAGGAUGUCUACAGUCGAUCAUGACAGCGGCCCUCGGACUGUCGAUGGACGAAGCGGCUGAUUAUGAUGAAAUCGAUGAUAUCUCGCCCCUCCCACUUUACGCUUUAUUGGCGGCGGACGACCUGGAUGAUAAUGAUGAUGUCAAGGAGAAGGCGGAAGGGUUACAUGAAGAACUUUUUACCGAUGAAGUCGAGGAAAACCUGGAUGACUUGUUGAACCAGGAUGAUCAUGAAGGCCGAGAGCGAUUAUCCUCAACUGGCUCCGAAAUGGGCUCACAGCGUGACGGUCCACCACCGGCCAUCAUCUUUUCGACAAAGCACAACAGAGCAUUGACCGAGUUGCUCACACAUACUCAUCUGCCUGGCCUAUCAUCUGUGGACCAAAUGCAUCUACUGGCUAUCGCAGACACCUUGAGUCAUUUCAACCCAGAUGCCAUCGACAAGCUGACCCAAGCUAAUGCCUCGAUGAAACCGGCUGUGCAGUCAGUGCUCGGGGAGCAUGCCGAAGCUGGUGGAUAUGCAGCGGCCGCAGGAGGCAUAGAUACUGUAGACGAGUGCGGCCUUAGAUUCUUGAUGUCAAUGAAGCAACACGAGUACUUGCUGCUUUGCCUUCCGAUGAAGCAGAAGCAGCAGUUGAGGGUACGCGGUCUCUCCUCAGCCCACGUCAUCUGGGCCCAACAUUCCGAGACCGAAACUGAACUUCUCAACGCCAUUCCCUGUCUCCAAAAAUCAAAUCCAACCUGGGAAGAACUGAAAGGGUUGGGCAUAGCAUGGUGGUUGAAGAAUACGGCUUCAUUGAAGGUUUGCGUGGAAAAGCUUGCCGCGGCGGCCUACAAGCAAAACCAAGACCCGAUGGAUGCUGCUCUCUACUGGCUGGCUAUGAGGAAGAAGAACAUGCUCACGAUCCUGUUCAAGAAUGCUCGCGACACGAGAAUGUCUGGGUUCUUCAUGAGCGACUUUUCUGAUCCAUUCCAUCGGAAGACAGCCGAGAAAAACGCGUUUGUUUUGAUGAGCAAACAGCGUUUCAUGCAAGCUGCCGCGCUGUUCCUUUUGGCCGAACGCCUUGUUGAUGCUCUUAAGGUGCUUAUUGACAAGCUGCACGACAUUCAAUUGGCCAUGAUUGUGUUGCGAUUGUAUGAGCAGGAUCCGGACAAGCAGCAGGCUCACCUUAAGGAAAUACUGUGCAAAGAAAUUCUUGGGCAAACCGUGGAAGAAUUUGAGGAGGCGCGUGGAGAUGUGGAUGAGGAUACGGUGUUGUCGAGAGACGCGUCAAAGGAUCCUUUCAUUCGCUCGAUGGCCUAUUGGCUUCUGCGUGAUUAUGCAAAAGCAGCACAUACUCUUGUGGAGGAAGCAUCAUCUGAUCGUCUCGAUAGCAACAGUGAUGGUCGUCACGAACAAUUCACCCUCAGCAAUAUCUUCAACUUCUACACCUAUCUCCGCCUCCAUCCUCUGGUUGUUAGACAAAAACUGACUGAUGCCGGAUCGCAGAUCGGGUCGACCGAAAAAUUCUUGGCCGUUGCCCGGCAAAUGGAGCUCAUGCUCACCCCAGCCGAACGAAGACUGUUCUUUAGGACUUCAGCUGAACAUAUGGCUCAUGGGUGCCCGAUGUUGGCGUUGGACGUCCUUUCUCGACUUCCAAAACACAUCCACAUUUCCAUGCCCGGCAAUGAAUCUAUUCGAGCAAUCUUGAAUUCAGAGGGUGCAUCAGCCAGUGGGGCUUCAGAAAAACAGCCAGCUGAAACGGUUGCGAACGUCGAUUGGUCACAGCCGGCCAACGUUGUGGCGAAGGAUGAACUGGAAUUGGAUUGGGGCGAUGAUGACGAUGACGAAGAGGACGAAGAAACGGCCGUUGUAGCGCCCGCUGCUGAACCCACACCCACAGUCGUCGAAGACAAAGUGACCAAUGGACCGGUGGUUGUCCUCCCAGAAGGGCCUUUGGAUAUCAUCGCCCAGCAGCUUCGAUUUAUCGCUAGUCUUCGAAUUCUGACCGAAGAACUGAGCACACUAGCGGGUGGCUUUGUGGUCGACGGGGGACAGUUGCGAUUCCAGCUAUUUGCUUGGCUUGAGAAAGAAGUCGAGGUACUAAAGACGCUGUGCGAUUAUCAAACGGCGGAAGCUGGAAUUGAAAUUGAUGGGAUUGAUGAGACGUACGAUUCUUCCUCGAGAAGCCAUUCGCCACUUCCAAUGCAUGAAGCUCUGAAGAACGACCGUACCGAAUAUAACAAUCGUCUCCAGCUAGGCAUCAGGCGAAGAAAAUGGCUUGGGUCAAACCAGAAGCUGCUCAGAUCUUUCACCUCAUUCUGCCAACUUCAAAUGGCGCAAAACCACCGGCUGACCUCUGCCCUCAUGGAGCUUUUGUUGCUAUUACUGGAAAUCCAAGCUGACAAUGGACCAUGCAAAAUCAAUGAUUCGAACGCAUUCCCACUGCUCGUAUCGACGGUAUCCCCGCAGCGAAUGUUCGUCGCCUCACCAUUGGCAUUCAUCGAGACUCAAUGCCAUGAUCUCCUCUCCUCAAUCUCAAAUCUUUCCGAUGUCCCUCAACUCAAAGAAUCUUCGCUCUCAAAAUAUUCAAAACUUUACGGGAUCUCGCUUGGGCUUUCUUCUUGCCUCUACCAAUCGCUCAGUGACGCCGACUAUGCUAAUUCCCACAUUCUCAGGCAGUAUUCUGGUGCGACCAGUGGAAUCCUGACACGAAGAACCCGCCAUCUUUCCGUCAGCGAUGACGUCCGAGUCUCGACUUCCCCAGCCAGAUGGCCAGGUGUCGAUACCCUGGUGGCACUCCUUGGCCGCGAGCGCGACGAUGAAGCUCCGAACCUCCGCCUUCUGCUCGUAGAAUGCUUCAUUUCAAUCAUCAUGUCGCUAUUCACCUACUCAAUGGCAUCUUAUGAUGCUCGCUGGCUCUACCGCCUCUCCAGCCACUCCAUAGGCCCAAAAGAGUUCGCGGCAAUUUUUGGUGGUGGAGGCGAGAAGCGGAUGAAGGCGGUACCUCCAGCUCGGCCACCAAGACCAUCCCGUCCAUCCUCUGGAUCAGUAUCCUCAGAUACAGCUACCGCGGAACAAACAUCAUUAGACUCGAAUACGCUUAGAGCCAAGCUACAUGCAAAGGUGUUUGGAGCUGAUGCUCAAGGAACCUCGAACAGACCGGCCGUCACCCCGAUCAUCGAGCACACUCUGCUCAAAUGGGUACCACCAAAUCGUAACAUCGUGCAGCUGCUGUCUGAAAAGUCGGCAAAUGAGAUGGGCGUUGACUAUGACUCGGACACCGACAGUGAAGCAGAUGCUCAUGAUGAUGAAGAUCGAGAUGACGAAGGAUUCUGCACAGCCGCCGACCCUGAUUCUUAUUCUUGGGCCAUAAUCCGAUUGGCUGUGGUUGAGCAGAUGAUCGCUAGGCUGAAACAAUUCCUGGUGCUGUCCGGGUUUGAUCCGACAGAGAUAGCUUCCGUCGCCCCAAGAAUUGCAUCAACGCUCCAAGUUCUUUGCAACUGGUCUGUGGAGCUGUCGCAAGAACUUCGCAUGAGGGCGGACGUCACACCGGAAAUGAUCCUGCCUGAUCCUCAGCUCGUGGGAUCUGAGAACGACACAUCUCUCGCCAAAUAUCGGUCGAUUUUGGAGGCCGAGUCCAACACUCCUUUCGAAUCUGAGGACCAACGAGUACUCCCCGUGAAGCGUCUCUGGUCAUACUUGGUCCGACAAGAAAACCUUGUCGGCAUCUUCAUCCGACAUAUUUUUAAGAAAGACGAUGCGCACUCACAAAAAGAUCGAAACGACGCGACAAUGCAAGAAACGGAAAGCCUCCAGGUCCAGCAGGCUCAUCCCUACAAGAUCAUCCAUAAGGAGAACGAACCGAUCGUUGCAUUUGCUGUCAAUCGGGAUAAGCCUGGCUGGUUGGUGGUUUCAACAGGCCGAGAACUUCAAGAGAUGGAUAUCUCAAAAUUACUAGAUGAUGCUUCGGCGCCUGUUUCUUGGCUAAAUAGCAGAACCGAACUCGAUGUCGAAUUUUCGAACAUACGCAAAGAUACUCUCAAGGACAACGACGACUACCAACUCUUCAAUUCCGGCAAUACCCGAGGAUCAGCCCCAAACAUGACCCUUUCCCCGUUCAUAAUUGACCGCAGUAGACUGGGCUUGCGCAAGCUCUUCAAACGGACGAUAUCUGGCAUAAGAAGGAUGGAUGGGCAUCCAGGGGCUCCAUUUUAUUUAACUGGAGCUUCUGAUGGCUCGAUCAGAAUGUGGGAAUGGGGAGUUGGUCAGCCGGUUUAUACUGCUAGAGUGGCCGGACAGCAUGCCAAGGUCGCCAAGAUCCAUUUCUCGUCAAAUGGCAGCAAAUUCGCGGCUGUUGAUGGUGAUGGAAUGCUUUGUCUAUGGCAAACCGGUCAAACGGCAGAGCAAAAGAAGCCAUUCUUUAACGUCAAGGCUCACUCAAAAUCGGCAGCCGAUGUGCGCUUCUUGGGACAAUCCUCCUCACAGCUCCUUACGGCCGGAGCAGGAGCUGGGGAUUUGAAUCUAUGCCUAUGGGACACACUGAUGCCCACUUCAAAAGCCUGCGUGCAAAAUUGGUCCUGCCAUCCGGAGGGUGCCACCUGCGCCAUCUACCUACCCGCCUCUUACUCCAUCAUUUCAGGAGGUCGCAACGGGGAAAUUGCUGUUUGGGACAUUCGGGCUCACAGCCAGAGGUCGAGCCAGAAGCUGUUUGACAGCAACCAGGCCGUGAAGACGAUUAUCUCGGACCCGAACAAUGACAUUUUGGUUGUGGGAAGUAGUGAUGGAGAUAUUAAGCUGCUGAACACCGACUACAGCCCGCAAGUCCUGCAACACUUCGCAGGCGAACAUGUUGCCAAGACUGGCUUUAGUUUCCGCCAGGUCGGCGCUAACAGCGUCCAGGGCGUGCAACAACUUUACAUGGAUUCUUCAAUGCGUCUAUUUUCUUGCGGAGCCGAUAAUUCCCUGAAAAUCCGCUCCCUUACCUUUCCACGCAACUACCACCAAUAU